AUAAUGGCAUCAUCUUCCAAUAAUACUAUAUCAUCAAAAAAACAUCAAAAGCAACUUAUCUCUAAGAAUAGAAAAACUACUUCACACUUAUUUGAUGAUGUUUUUGAAGAACUUCAAUACUUACUUAAUACUAAAGAUCCUAUAGUUGUAGUUGAAACUUCUGCUAUAAAUACUAAUUCUAGUUCUGAUUCUGAUAAUCUCUCACUUUUACUUAAUACUGAAGUUUUUACAAUUACUAAUCUUGAGUUUAUUAAUACUCAAAGUAAUCAAAGUUCUCGCCAUGAUAAAACUAAAUGUUAUAAUAUGGGUAGAAUGGAUCAGACCUGUCGAUAUUAUAAAGCUAAGUUUUGGAUGAUUAAAAAAAAUCAAAAUAGUAAAUAUAUUGCUCCAAAAUUUCCUCUUUGUUGUGCUAAUAACAAAGUGCAAUUACUACCUUUACUUAAACCUCCACCUUAUUUACUAAAUCUUUAUACUUCAACUAAUCCUAAUACAGUUGAGUCUCGUAAACAUGCUAGAGGUUAUAACAGUGCCUUGGCUUUCUAUUAUCUAAUUGGAUCAUUAUUAUCAAAUGAAGGUUGCACACCAGCAUUUGCUCAAUUAUAUAUUUAUUAUAUUGCAAAUGAAAUUACAAAUCAUCAAAAUGCAAUGCAAGAAUUAAAUAAAAAUAUUUUAUAG